AGGCCCCCCAGCUCGGAGGACGAGGACACUGCCCAGGAGGGGCAGCCAGGCUCACCUGGCCGGGGCAGGGAGGCGCCGGGUCAUGCCGAAGGCGAUGGGCGCUUCGAGGAUAUGGGCUCUGAUGAUGACCUGAAGCCAAAAUGGGAAGAGGAGGAAGAGGAGGAGGAAGAGCUGGAGGAAGACUUGGGGGAUGAGGACGAGGAGGAAGAGGAGGAAGACUAUGAGGAUGAGGAGGGGCUCGGGCCCCCGGGCUCUGCUGGCUUGGGCCCUGCAGCCCUGUUCCCCCACAAGGCCCAGCUGCCCCAGGCCUUCCGCGGUGGUGACGGUGGGCCCCGGGUGCUGGGCAGCCAGGAGCGCCCAGGGGCUGGCCCAGCCCACCCGGGAGGGGCUACCCACGUGGUACCCACGCUGCAGCCUCCUGACCAUGGGGACUGGACGUACGAGGAGCAGUUCAAGCAGCUCUACGAACUGGACGGGGACCCCAAGAGGAAGGAGUUCCUGGACGACUUGUUCAGCUUCAUGCAGAAGCGAGGGACGCCCGUGAACCGGAUCCCCAUCAUGGCAAAGCAGGUGCUUGACCUGUUCAUGCUGUAUGUGCUGGUGACGGAAAAGGGCGGCCUGGUGGAGGUCAUCAAUAAGAAGCUGUGGCGGGAGAUCACCAAGGGCCUCAACCUGCCCACGUCCAUCACCAGCGCUGCCUUCACCCUGCGGACCCAGUACAUGAAGUACCUUUACCCCUACGAGUGUGAGAAACGCGGCCUCAGCAACCCCAAUGAGCUCCAGGCGGCCAUUGACAGCAACCGGCGGGAGGGCCGGCGCCAGAGCUUUGGGGGCUCCCUCUUCGCCUACUCACCAGGUGGUGCCCACAGCAUGCUCUCCUCACCCAAACUGCCCGUGUCCUCCCUGGGCCUGGCCACCAGCACCAAUGGCAGCUCCAUCGCCCCAGCCCCCAAGAUCAAGAAAGAGGAGGAUUCGGCCAUCCCCAUCACAGUCCCCGGUCGCCUGCCAGUCUCCCUGGCAGGCCACCCCGUGGUGGCAGCCCAGGCAGUAGCAGUGCAAGCAGCAGCAGCCCAGGCAGCCGUGGCAGCCCAGGCAGCCGCCCUGGAGCAGCUUCGGGAGAAGCUGGAGUCUGGGGAGCCUCCGGAGAAGAAGAUGGCCCUGGUGGCGGAUGAGCAACAACGGCUCAUGCAGCGAGCGCUACAGCAGAACUUCCUGGCUAUGACAGCCCAGCUGCCCAUGAGCAUUCGUAUCAACAGCCAAGCCUCUGAGAGCCGCCAGGACUCGGCUGCAAACUUGACCAGCACCAAUGGCAGCAAUAGUAUUAACAUGUCAGUGGAGAUUAACGGAAUUAUGUAUACAGGAGUGCUGUUUGCUCAGCCACCAGCCUCCACGCCAUCCUCAGCUCCCAGCAAAGGCGGUGGUGGCAGCAGCCGGGGAGGAAACAGUGGGACCAGCAGCAGCGCCGGCAGCCAGGCCGGGCCAGCGGGGUUAUCCGCACCCCCGACGUCUUCUACCUCAAACAAUUCAUUGCCUUAACUGCACCACUCCCCACCCGCCGCCCCCCACCCAGGAGCUGGUCAGACUGGGCAGGGUGUGGAAAGGUGGGCCGGGCAGGGCCGGGGUGGUGGAAGAUACGGGUGGGGAGGGGAAAUAUCCACAAAGGAGCCACAGCUAACACCAAAAAUAGAAGAAAAAAAUAUAUACAUAUAUAUAAAGAAAAUUUAAUAAAACAGGGGAAAACCAAGGAACACUUGAAUUACUCAGGUUUCAGACAUUCAGAGAAGUGAAUUGUAAGGACAGCUAAGGAAAUCAGGAAAGAGAGCGGCAAAUACUCCCCAGGGCUUUCCUGCAGCCCUAGCGGGCCGAUUCGGACUGGUGUCUGGUGUCUGGUUUGGACCAGUUGCAAUGUAAGGCCAGAUCCUGUUUACCUCAUAUAUCCCUGCACUGUGUGUUUUCAUUUUUGUCUGUUGUUUUUUUUUUGUUUGUUUUUUUUUACUUUUGUUCCUGUUCAUCACACACUCAUCCACUCAUCACACCCAGUUCGUUGUUUUGAAUGAAACCCCUGAGCCAAGAUCAGUUGAAUUUUCUUCUUGUUGCUUUUGGGAACUUUUUAUUAUUAUUAUUAUUUUUUAAAGAAAUAGUGAUAUUCAAGCUCUAUAGGGUUUUUAAGAGGUUUGGGGGGUUUUGUUUUGUAAAUGUUCUAUUUUAUUCUUGGGGGAGGAAUCAAACCUUAGGAAAAGGAUAUAUAUCUCUAUAUAUUUGUGUUCAUUCAGGGAACGGGACUUAAAAAAAGCAAAAAGGAAAAAAAAGGAAUAUCCUUUAAAUCUUUCCCAUGACUGAAUCGGGUUCAUGUGUGCAUUUUCUGUGCUGCGGUGGGCAGCUAGCAGGCACAGGACACUGUAUCCCUGGGCUAGAGCCAGAGAAGAUCAUGAACUCAGGUGCUGGGGGCCGGGCUGGAGUGGGGUCCAUGCGGGGGCAAGCCCAGGGGGAACUGCGAAUGUGAAUGCUGAAUGGCAGACCAAGACGCUCGAUGCUUUCUCUCCUUGUGCCGUGCGUGCGUGCUCCCUGUCAGGGAUCCGGAAGUCUUAAGUAGAAAGAAAGUGCUGGAUCAAGGGCCAGGGCCUGGGAGGGGAUGUGCUGUCAUAACCCUCAGGCUCCUGACUCAGGGAUGACUAUGGCCUGGGGACUCUCUCUUACCUGGAAGGGCUGCUUUUUGUUUGUUUAAUAUGUUUUUAUUGAUUUCAAAGAAAGAAGGGAAGGCGGAGAGAGAGAA